UUCACUUAUAACUUCAAACUUUAUAACAAAAUCCUUAAGAACCGUUUCAUUAUUGUCUCAACUCUAACCAUGAGAACUACUUGCUUCUUAAGCCUUCCCCCUCCCACUUCAAACCAACCUUCCAAAGCUUCUCCCAUCCCCGCAAAGCCACCUCGUCUUUCAUCGGUGGAAAACGACGCAUGUUGUUGGAAGAGACGAUGCGUUGUGAUGGGAGUGGCUUCCUACGUGAUUGGCGUAGAAAUCUGCAAUUCAUUCACACUAUCUCAUGAAAUGCAUCAAAUCACCACCUUCCCGAUUGCUCACCAAGUAUCCAAUGUUUCUGACACCGCCGCCAAAUGGAGCCAGAAAAGAACGUGCCCUCCCUGGCAAGGCAAUUCACUCGAAACCAUCGUGCCGGAGAAUCUUCCACGGCCCUCCGCACGCCGGCGGUACGAGGCCGUCCGUUCCUCCUCCAAGACUGCGCCGCCGCUCUCCGCCCCAACUAAACUUAUUCCAACCGACCACGGCAGUUGCUUCUCCAUGUGAAAUUCAACAUGCAAAUGCAAUCAUCACUUGCUUGUACAUAAUUAUUAUUUGUUAUUAAUAAUUGAUUCCCGUUUUACACGGAUUAAUUUCCUAAUCGUAUUCGUAUGCACGUGUUUAUCUUAUUUCAAUUGAAACUUCGAAAAUAUCUUACGAA